AUGUCGGCCACGUCGUAUGCAAAGAAAGCAGGCGCCUCGUUUCUCGAACUCAUUGCAAAGCGCCGCUCUAUUUACCACUUGUCGGACGAAACCAUCCUUUCUCCGCAGCAAGUGACUGCGUUGAUACGCACAGCCGUGCGCGAGGCUCCUUCGCCUUUCAACGUGCAGAGCAGUCGUGCUAUCAUCCUAUUUGGCAAGGACCACAAAAACUACUGGAACAGCACGGUUCCUGGUGCUUUGUUCGAAUCUUCUGGCGAAAGAGCCGUGGAGGCUUCCAAGCCCAAGCUGCAAAUGUUUGAGGCUGGCAGCGGCACUGUUGUCUUCUUCGAGGACAAGAGCGCCGUGAAGGGCAUGCAGGACAAGUUCCCCCGUUAUGCCCCACAAUUUCCGAUAUGGUCGUACCAGUCCAAUGGUAUGGCACAGGUGUUUGUCUGGACGCUCCUCGAGGCUGAGGGUUACGGCUGCAACUUGCAGCACUACGGCAACCUCACCGGCGAAAAAGUAAAGGAACAGUAUAACCUGCCGGACUCGUACGAAAUCCAAGCCGAAAUGGUGUUUGGCUGCCCUCUUGCACCCGCGGGCGAGAAGACGUUUAUCGAUGACAACUCACGUGUGAUGUCGUUUGGUGCGUAG